AUGGCUACUGGUCGCUUGGCGGCUCUCCUCUCGCUGGGCCUGUGUUGCCUGUGCUCUGCAGACCAAGCCAUUGCUGAGAGAGCUGGAAGGCAGGAGCCUCUUGCUCUUUGGGCGACGGUGAUGCACAAUUCCUCUGGGCAGGCAGCUCCUACUUAUGCAUCCAUGGCUGGUAGCGAUCCCGCUUCUGGCAAAGAUUGGAAGUCCAAGCCAAAGCAGCAGGUGGCGGCGUGGAACAACAGCAUGCAGCACACGUACCAUACUUAUAUUCCUGGCUCAUACCAGGCCUUCCCAACCAAAGUUGCCAGCAUCCGUGCCGACACGGCUGCAUCAAACAAGGAGCAGAGUUUCCACGACUACUCCAGCUCUUAUGGGAGCCUGGGCAAGCUGGGCAUCGCACAAUCCAAGCAUGGCCAUGGCAAGCAUGCGGAUGCUCACAGUGACGCCAGCCACAAAACAAGCCAUGAUGCUAACGGCGCUGCCACGCAUGGUGACUCAGAAGACUACCACCACUUCAUGCCAGACUUUCUUCCUCAGGGAUCUGGAGGCGACAAGGGGUCGUCAAGUGGCUUCGGCCACAUGCACGAGGACUACAAGAAGUACAUGAAUGGCUACGAUACAAAUGGGCCCAGCAACAAGUACGUGCCGAAUCUUGACAGGCUUCGGGAAGACGAGCAUUCAGACUUUAUCCCUUCUGGCUAUGGGCAGCAGCCUGCGGCAGCUGAGAAGCGCCGUUCCCAGGGAGGGCCACAGCCCAGCGGACCUACCGCUCAGGAUGCUGUGGAGGACUCAUCCGGCGCUGGUCAAACUGAUCGCUGGUCCCUAGGCGGCUACAUGCACCGGACUGGCUGGAAGCACCAGCUGUCAGGGGUUAUCCCAUCCUUCGUGCCUGGGGAGUUUGCAUCUGCUCAGCCGACACUUGGCUUCGGCCCAAUCCCCGACUCGGAUGAGUAUGCCUUGUGA